AUGACACAUGAUCAUAUUGUGGUCUCUGUGUUUAUUUUCUCUUCUGCUGUUUUGUUUUGUUUUGUUUUUUGGGGGUUUUUUUUUUACCUUUCUUUUUCUUUCUUUUCUUUCUUGUUUUUUUUUUUUUCUUUUUUGAUUCUGUGUUUAUUUUACACUUUACUCUUGCUUUCCCAACAUCUUCGCUUCUUUUUAAAUAUAUUUUUUAUUCUUUUAUCCCUGUUUCUUACACGUCUUUUAUUUCUUAUCUUUGUUUUCUUUAGCGUCUCUCUUUUCCUAUCUUGCCUUCCAUUCGUUUCCUAUAUUUUUCCAUUUCUCCCUUUUUCUUUCCUCCUCUAUCUGUUCUUACUCCCCCCAUCACUCUUCCUUCCGGUUCUUCUGUUUUUCGUUUCUCUUUAUUCCCCUCUCUUUCUCUUCUCCUUUCCUAUAUCUUCUCCCUCUAUUACUUUCUCUCGUCCCUUCUCUUUCUUCCUGUUUCCUUUCUUCCAUUUCUAUACAUCUUUAUUCCUAUAUCCACUCAGUCUUUCUCUCGUUUCUUUUCUUCUUUUUUUUUCAACUCUCCUUCCUUCUUUUUCUCUUUUCGUUUCCUUUUCUCUUCCCUUUGUUUUCAUUUCUUUCCCUUUCAUUUUCUAUUCGAUUCCCUUUUUUUGUUGUCUUACAUCUUUCUUUUGUCGCCUUUUCUUCCUCUCUAUUUUUCCUAUUUACAUUUUGUCUCUUUUCUGUUCCUUCCUACCUUUUUCUUUAUCUUUUUCUUUCCACCUCUUUUUUCUAAGUUAUCCUUAUUUCCACCCUUUUUCCCUCAUUUACACACAUCUUUCUUCUUCAUUUCCUAUAAUCUUUUUUCGUUAUAACGUUUCUCCGUCGUCUUCUCUUUUAUAUAAUUCGAUUUUAAAUUUAAUAUCUCCAUUUUCCUUCUCUCUCAUUUUCAUUCCGUCUCAUUUUUUGUUCUUUUUUUCUUUUCAUUCAAUUCCUUUUUUUUCCUUCCAUAUCUUCCCCUUCUUCUUUCUUUUUAAACAUUUUCCUACUUUCUUUCACUUUCGAUAUUUAUUUCUUAAUUUGUUCUUCUCUUUUUCGGCAUCGCUUUUUCUUUUUCUCUUCUUUCAUCUUUCUCUUUCAUUUCUUUUCUUCAUUCAUUCACCUCUUUCACUUUCUACCGACACCUUGCCGCCAUUCAACUUCAAACUGUCAUUCCGGAAUAUUAUUCCCCUGAAUCAAGAUUAA